CUGUGUUUUCAUGUUCGUGACUCAUCUGUGUGGAUGACUCACAACCCCGAGUAAAAAGUUGCCAUAGGAACUCACAACUCAUCCGUACUGCGAUCGACCAAUACUUAAUUGCGGCCGUCGUCACAAGAUCCCUCAACCUUGGUCGUUAAAACCCCAAACAUGUCAGAAUCCACAGAAAAAGCAGUGGAGGAGCUCACCAAGAACGUAGAGGGGAUUGUCCUGGGAGAGGAUGGCAAGCCACUUUCCAAGUCGGCAUUGAAGAAGCUCGAGAAGGAGCGUGAGAAGGAGAAGAAGAAGCAGGAGCGUGAAGCCAAGUUGGCUGCUGAGAAAGCUGCACGCGAAGCCGCGAAUCCCGAUUACUCAAAAAAUCGCUAUGGACUGCUUCCAACAAACAAAUCUCAGGAGCGAACAGGUCGGCAUCGAACCCGGAUCGUGGACCUGAACGGAAGUCCAGUUGGCAGCACAGUUCUCCUCAGCGCCCGUGUUCAGAACUCCCGUCCUACCGGUAGCAAAAAGUGCUUCCUUACAUUGCGUCAGGGAACCGUUACAGUUCAGUGCGUGUUGACGGUGGAUGCCGAGAAGAUUAGUGGACACAUGCAGAAGUUUGCAGCCGGAAUCUCUUCCGAGUCGCUCGUGUUAGUGGAGGCCACUGUUGUCAAAGCUCUGCAACAAGUGCAAUCAUGCACGAUCCAGGACCUUGAGCUCGCGAUCGAGAAGAUCCACGUUAUCAGCGAGGCCAGCAGGUUGCCUUUUACUUUGGAGGAUGCCUCCCGCCCCGAGACCGACUACGAAACUGACCCCGCACUUGUGCGCGUGAAGCUUGACACGCGGUUGGACCAUCGCCCAAUCGACUUGAGGACGACAACAAACCAUGCCAUUUUCCGCAUGCAACACGGAGUUUGCCGGCUGUUCCGCGAAUUCCUGGAGAGCAAGAACUUCAUCGAGAUCCACACCCCGAAGUUGCUCGGUGCAGCAAGCGAAGGUGGUGCCAACGUCUUCAAGGUUGAAUACUUCAAAGAGAAGGCGUUCCUGGCGCAGUCCCCUCAAUUCUACAAACAGAUGAUGAUCACCUCCGACUUCGAGAGGGUUUUCGAGAUCGGACCAGUUUUCCGCGCUGAGAACUCCCACACUCAUCGUCAUAUGACCGAGUUCGUUGGACUCGAUCUCGAGAUGGCCUUCGAGGAGCACUACCAUGAAGUGCUCGACCUUUUCGACGGUCUUUUCACACACAUGAUCAAAGGUUUGAAGGAGCGGUAUGCUAAGGAGAUCGAGGUCAUCAAGAAACAAUAUCCUUUCGAGGACUUCGAGUUUGGUGACAGCUGCUUGAAACUGGAGUUCCCCGAAGCCAUUAAGCUUCUCCGUGAGCAUGGUGUUGAAAUCGGUGACUUUGACGAUUUCAGCACCGAGACAGAACGUACCCUGGGCCGCCUGGUGAAAGAGAAAUACCACACCGACUUUUUCAUGCUCGACAAGUUCCCCUUGGCCGUGCGACCCUUCUACACCAUGCCUGACCCAAACAAGCAGGGUUACAGCAACUCAUACGAUUUCUUCAUGCGCGGAGAGGAAAUUCUUUCCGGAGCUCAGCGUGUCCACGACCCGAAGCUCCUGCAAGAACGCGCGGAAACUUUCGAGCCCCCAAUUGACCCCGCCACCAUCCAGCCGUACCUCGACGCGUUCAAGUACGGUGCACCCCCGCAUGCCGGAGGUGGUAUCGGUCUUGAGCGUGUCCUCAUGCUGUUCCUGAACCUCGGCAACAUCCGCAAAACUUCUCUCUUCCCCCGUGACCCCGUCCGUCUGAACCCGUAGAUCCAGCAAACAUCUAUGUACAUUCGUAGCAACCUCCCCGAUAGCACUCUUUUUCUUAUUGUCAGACACGCCGCAUACCAUAGAUGUACACAUCGCAGCCGUUCAUCAUAUCUCGCUUUUGCCGCCUUUACCUUUGUGAAUAUGUUUUAUCUGAGAUUUUCCUUUGGGAGGGCUAUUCUGACUAUUGCAAUAUAUGUAUGUUCGCCAUUAUGACUACUACAAUGAUGUUAUUGAAGUCUACAGGACUACACCUACAGUCAGAGAUCUAGCACUUUGUCAAAUUCGUAUACUGAUGAGCAUCCCCAUCAUUAAGAAACGUCGCCAAAACGAUGCUCAGCGCGAUGUUAUGGCGGGCAUUGACGGCGGUCUGCGGAUCAUCGGCCCAUGAUUCCGUGACCUCAC